CUUAUUGCGUGACUUCAACGUGUCGCCUUCUUGCUGUCGUUUGCUUUUGCUCAUGUCGACAACUCCACCACCGUUAGAUCCUCUUACCAUACCGUUAUCUCAGGGCAAGCACAGGCCUCCUAGACCACGAAGCUUGAAUCCUGAGCCUGACGUGCCUACAUUGGACGCACGGUGGUUUCAUGCCGCGGAUAACCCAAUCAGCGAUCCUGCAAAGAUUCGAAGAGCAAGGUCGCAGACAUUCAAAAGCCAUAGUGGCAGUUCGUCUCCAAAUCCCAACUCGUCCCUUCCACCAACUCCGAAAGCCAAGGCUCAACCUUCGUCCUGGAUAGCAUUUUCAAACAGAGAUUCUCUAGCGCUAGAGCGUGCUUAUCAGAGUGGCGAUGUGACCGCCACUGUCGCUGUUAAUGAAGACGAGUUGUUUCAGGUCGAUGUAUCAAGUCGUACUAUCAGUCCGGUGUACUGGAGUGGCCCCACUUACGACGUGAGGCGUGCAACUUGGUUCAUUCAGAGUGAUGGGUCUAAAUGGAUACCUUGUGAGGAGACUUUGGCUGAACAAAUAGAGCUUGGAUACUACAAGCACAAGCCAUGGGUGGUUGAUCCAAUAGAGGAUCCACCGGCUAAGCUUACGACGAAAAGUACAGAUAUCACUGAAUCUGCACAAGCAACAACUACCGCCGCAGCUGAGGAGAAGAAAUUGGAAAAGAAGUUGGAAAAACAGCCGGUAGAAAAGCAGUGGAUGUUGCUUGGUCCCUACAUGGGUCAGUAUAUUGCGUAUACUGGUCCCAACUCUGCCUGGUUACUAUCGAAUACUCCUAGCGGAAAGAUAACAAAGCGCAUAUAUACCCGGUUGACCAACAAUCAAAACCUUGGAGGAACUAGACUGCUACGUGGAUACUCAGAGGUUUCAAAGCAAAGCACCAAUCCGUUUUCGAGGACAGUGACAUCUUCGCCAUCGCUUGGUCCUGCCAAGACGUCAGAUGAAGUCAAAAAACCUCAGGCUGCAGAAGGAAAGGAAGAAAAAGUAGAAGAAGAAAUCGAGGCAGAAGAAGAAAAACAGACUAAACGAGAAGUUCAAGAUUAUGAAAACGAGGAGAGUGGAGACGAGCCGCGAAAAAUCGAUCAUUUGGUCCUUGUUAUUCACGGAAUUGGCCAAAAAAUGACUGAGCGCCUGGGAUCGAGCUUUGUGCAUGAUGUAAAUGUUUUGAGAAAAACGCUGAAGACUGCCUUCCCAAGCGCAAUAGCGACAACAUCGAAUCCUUCUAGACAUAAUGGCAUCCAAGUCCUUCCAAUCCAUUGGAGACAGGAUAUUGUUUUUGGUAUGGCUAGCACGGAUGAAUCGGUUGAAGCGGAUUUGGGUAUGCCGGAGGCAGAUGAUGGUCCACCGACGCUGGACGAGCUCACUUUAGACGGUGUACCCAAUAUCCGAAUGGUGGUAUCCGACGUCCUCCUUGAUAUACCAUUGUAUAUGACUCCCAAAUACCGUGAUCAAAUGCUGGCGAUUAUCACUAGUGAAAUCAACCGAGUUUAUCUAUUAUUCAUUAAGCGCAAUCCUGAUUUUCUAUUAAGAGGCGGAAAAGUAUCGAUAUAUGGGCAUUCCCUUGGUUCCCUAUUGGCGUUCGAUGUGCUAGCUGUCCAGCCCUUUACCACUCGCCAACACGAAUCAGCGUCAGCCAUUGAUGAAAACAGAACAGCAUCUCAUAUUGCGAGCAAUUAUUUGCCUCAUGGCAGAUCAUCGUAUUUACACUUUCCUGUACAGAACUUUUUCGCUGUCGGGUCACCUUUAGGCUUUAUGCUUCUGUUGAAAGGAUGUAAAAUAUCGUCUCGGAAACUGCUUGCUGGUGACUUAAACAUGUCGUCCUCUACCAUUUCGAUGUCUGCAAAUUCAUCAUCACCUAUUCCGCUAUGUUACCCUGCGGUAGGAAAUCUUUACAAUAUCUUCAAACAAUCCGAUCCCGUGGCCUACCGGUUGGAGCCUUUGAUUUCAAGACACUACAGUGCAAGUAUCAAACCUGAAACCGUACCGUUCACCAAAGGUGGAUUGAAGAGUGUCCUUGACGCUGGAUAUAAUGUGGGAUCAGGAAUUGCAAACCGAGCUGGAGCUAUGCUUGAGUCUUUCAAGAUGGGUAUCACUACCAAUCUCUUCAUGCGCGGUCUAGGCUUGACGAAACAACAGAUGUAUGAUGAUUUGCAUCCGCAAACGCAAAAAGAAGGUUCUGCUAAAGAAGGGGGAUCUAGUCCACGAACUCGUUCAAGCAGUGAUCCUUCCCCGCCUUUGAAUAUCGACCUACCUACGACCUCAGAAGACAGAAAUAAGUCUCUGCAUCAUAUGGCUUCCUACUCGUAUGGAGCUCGCAAGUUGAAGAUGCUUAAUUCAACUGGUCGUGUGGAUUGGUGUGUACAAGAGGGCCUUUUGGAAAAUCCAUACUUGAACGCAUUCACUGCCCAUACACAAUACUGGCAAGACUUGGAUGUUGCUGCUUUCAUAAUCAGAGAAAUGUAUCAACAAUAGGAGCCUCGCUUUCGUCCGCUUGAAUUUUUCUUAUAAACCGUUCUUUUUCAAAAUGUUACUGAAAAUAGCUUAGAUUACCCCAGUGCACUGUAGAGCCAACGAUCCCUUUCGACAAUAUACUUUAUACGAAUACAUUUCUUUCUUUGUCACUUUUAUUCUAUAGCAAUUUUAUUUGGCAAGUGAGGGUGGGGGUGCCGCUUAUCCGCUUUUAAUCAAAUAUUUACAUAUACUUUUUCUUCUUCUUCUC